UCAGCUGUUUGCAACAAUUAAAAACAAUAUAAACAAUUUUGUUUAACGAUUUUUUCAUUACAAUGGAAAUUGUGCACUAUACUCCUACAGAGCAAGAGCUCUUACCAACUCGUAAAAUUCUAUGUCCACAUCCGGAUUGCGGCUCCACUUUCACAAAUGUUGGCAAUUUGGAUAUGCACAUGAAGCGCCAUCAUGGCAAACAACCAGUUAAAAGAUUUGACCUCAAGGGGAAAGAGUGUGCUUUUCAUUGCCCCCAAUUGGAGUGUACAUAUCACGAAAUGCAUACUAGUAAAAUGCACUUUAAAACAUUAAAAUACUUGCGUCAGCAUUAUCAAAAAAGUCAUAUAGCCAAAACAAAUAUUUGUGACCAGUGUGGAAAGGCUUUCAUCACCGGCAAUCAGCUGAAGUUGCAUGUGGAAAAGAUGUGUGGAAUUAACUAUGCUUGCAAAGAGUGUGGAUGGGAAUACAGCACUAUGGAGGCAUUACUAACGCACGGAAAACGAAAGGGGCAUAAGGUGCGUGAUGUCCGAACCACUGAAAUAAAGAAAAUUUCGCAGCGGAAAAGGUCGAUAAAUGAGACACAAACAAAAUAUUACGACCAAGAAACACAAACCGAAGAAGCCACACCACCAAAAUGUGUUGUUAAGAGCAGUAAUCUGGAUGGAAAUAUUACAAUAAACGGAGAAAUGUUAAACGAAAAACAUGUUUCAGUGAAUACGCAAUCGUUCGCGGACACACCAGAACCACGGCAUAUAGAGACACAAACUGAAAGUCAAAUGAUAAGCACGUUACGUCAUUAUACUUACAACACCACAGCUCCUACGAUGAAUUCCUCUUUGCCACCUGCUCAGUUGCUUCCUCCCUCGACACAUACGUACACACAGACAUACGGUGAUCUUUUUGCAGAUUCUUUGCUUGGAUUUACCGACAUUCAAACACAAACAAAUUGGUCCAGCUUUUCUGAUGUUACUGCCGAGGCAGCAACGCCCGAUGAAGUUGCAACACAAUAUAGCACAUCAACUGCAGGCACAUGCACACGCUGCGCCUAUGAUGAGUUGCUAGUGUCCACAGAAACACAAACUAGUUUUACACAGUGUUUGCUUGAAUCACGUACAACUAACGGCGAUACUGAUGAUGGAGCAUUUAGUAAUCUGUACCAAACGCAGCAUACACAGACAUGUGAUAUGUUACUUGGAGAUCUCUUUGGUGGACAGGAGAGCGAUUUAAUUGGUGGUUUUCAGUCAACGUACACGCAAACAUGAUGGUUUGAUUUGGAUUUACACGUGAUGGGGAGUGAAGAGGAGGAGAGCGAAAAAACUUAGGGCAACUAAAAAUUUAAACAAAAAAAUGAGUAAGUAGUUAAUUAGCUUAUACAUAAAAUAACCAAUUUUUAUUCAAUAAUUAAAGUACACAAAUGCAUACACCUUCACAUGUACAUACAUGCAAGCAGUAUUGAAUAAAAAAGUUCCUUAGUUGUUAAGAGGAGCAAGAUAACUAUUGUACAAUGAUAUU